GCUUGCUUGCCGUGCACAACUUGCGAACCCCAAGGUUUGCUUCUUCCUGCUCUAGCUGUUAGUUACCCAACAAACAUACUAAACAUUGCAUAGUGUAUGGUCCAAUUCCGGCCGCAUCGCAUUAUCCUUAUGUUCCACCACGGCAAUAUUUUGAUGAUAGACCAUCUUCUCCUGGUCUAGCGCCUGGGACACUGUCUCCGGGCCAGCCUAAUGUCUUUGCUUCUCAUGCACCCUCCACAGCCCCACCGAUGAUGUCCAAUUAUCCCACUCUACAGCCAAAUCGGCCCAUGACUAUUCAGCCUUCUACUAGCGGUGAAGGCAUGGUCUAUCCCGACACUCUGUCUAGCCAACACUUUUUCCAACCACCGGAAUACCACCAUGGCAUGCCAAAUUCCAUGCCAAAUAGCGUCAUGGGAACUCAAUCUUAUAGCCCACCAUCGGUAAGACAAAAUAGCAUGGCUGAGGGCAUGUCGCCCCGGGAAAUAGAUAGAACUCGAAUUACUAGUAAGCCUCCCGGAUUGGACAUUGUGCAACCUAAUCAGCGGCCCUCUCCUGCGAGACGGGGUCCUUUCAAGUCAAACAACAUCCGAGAGCAGACAGCCGAGACAAGGCGAAUUGGCUCUUGUAUUCGGUGCCGUAUGCAGAGAAUUCGCUGCGAGACCGACCCCACAAACAAAUUAGGCUCCUGUCUGACAUGCAUGAAAGUGACCGGCGCAAAAGUGUGGCGCAUGCCCUGUCUCCGCUAUAAGAUUACAGACGUGAAAUUAUUUAAGCCCGGAAACGUCAAGGGGUAUGAAUGGACCCGAAGGUGGAUAGAGGGCAUCCCAGACGAUAUAUCGCAGUGGGCUUCCGCGGAGACGAAAAAAGUAAAAGUCACCGAGGGGUACACAGAACAGCCAGUAGAGCUUCGCGUCCGCCAAUUCAUCCCACAGGAUGGUGACAGGCUCGAGCGCAGCUGGGUUCACGAUGGAAACAGAAGAAGGGUUAGGAUCCCCCCGUACGCUAUCGUGAACCUUGAAGAGGCAAAAAGUGCCUAUGAUAACUACAUCAAGCUAGGGUUACCUGAGUGCUGCAAAAAGGUCCUCUGGGGGAAGGAUAAGUUAUUGUCUAUGACAUAUGCCGCGGCGAUCAAAGUCUCGAGGGAUUCAUCGGUCGACCCUAAAGAAAGUGCACUACUAAAAAAGGCCCUUCAACUAUGGAUGGCCAUUCGUUUGACCACGAAGUCCACCAUUAUCGUCGGAGAAGAGACAUUAGGUAUGUCUCGCGACAUCAUGGACGAUACUAGCCCGCUUCGAGGAUGCAUCCCCUUACCGCCUGUAAUGGGUGCGCAAAUUGAAUUGGUUCUCAUUCAUCAGAUUCAGUCCGGUCUUCGCCGGGAGAUGCUAGAGAGCUUGCAGGCGAUGACACAGGCCAAUAAGAACCAAACCUGGUUCACGACAUAUCUCAUUACCUUCAUUUUACUUCAUAAUGUAGCCCUUCUAUGUCAGCACGACGCCGGAUACGCUAGGAAGCAUGGAAUCAAGUUGCAGAGCCGUUUCGCGAGACAAGAGAUGGUGAGAGAGUAUCAAAUGGGAGCGAACAUUCUAUUGGCGUAUUUCCAUUAUUGCAACAAAGGCGCACACCCAUUUUCGCCGGAUUUUAAGGAACAGGACUUGAGCAAGAUAGCUGGGUUGGACGAUUCAAAGAUCAAAGUAAUCCAAGCCACGAAACAGAACGUAGAAAAAUACAAGAGACACUGGGCCAAGAUACGGCAGACUGACGAUUACGAAAACGACUUUUACUAUAUAAGCCAACUCUAUGAGGACAGCUGGGCACCACAAUCGACGAUCUAGGCCUGUCUACUUGGCAUGAAUGUAGCCGAAGAAAUGUUGACGUAUUCAUGAUACAAACAUUAUAUACCGUGCUUAUACGAAAGGCAUAAUCAAUGCAACUAACCAUGCACAGGUGGCGGGUGUGAGCCGGUGCAGCAAGCACCACCCCAUUCGUCAGAUCAAGCCAGAUGGACUUCCCGAGAGUCAAGGCUA